CUCUCUACCUUUCAUAUUUACUGUUUCCAGUUGUAGCUAGAAGUGUGGACAACUUGUGGCAAAAACAGUAGCAAAAAGAAGGCUAGCUAGCUGAAAACAUUUAUUUAUGGCAGCAAAAGAUCAGAGCAGCAGCAGCAGCAGCAACACAAGCUUCACAAACCACCACGCCUGUGAACCCUGCAGAUCGUUUGGCCAAAAGUGCAGCCAUAUUGUGAAGAAGCAGCGCGCAAAGUUCUACAUCCUCCGCCGCUGUAUAGCAAUGCUUGUAUGUUGGCGAGAGCGUGGAGAGCAUUAAUGAGAGCUAGCUAGGCUGGGUACGUAGCUGCUGCUGCUGCUUGUUUAUGUAUUUGGUUUAGAAAUAUCCAUAGAUCAUUAUAUUCACUUAGGAUCGAUGUAAUUAUUAAAAAGUUCUUUAUUUGGCAUGUUAUAAAC